GCUGUCUCGAUUGACAUGGAAGAAGGGGGAGUGAAUGAAGUUCUCCAGGGACCCCUGAGAGAUGUGUUUGACAGAAAGCAGCUCAUCACUGAUAUUUCUGGCUCAGGAAAGAAUUGGGCUGGAGGUCGCAAAGUUUUUGGCAAUCUUUAGGGAGAACAAAUUUUAGAGAACAGAAAAUCUGCAGAGCACUGUGAUUGCUUGCAUUUCUUCAUAAUCCACUCCAUGGAAGAAGGAACAGGAUGUGGACUUGGUAUAUUUCUUUUAAAGGUGCUUGAAGAUGAAUUUCCAGAAGUAUUCAGAUUUGUGGCUUCAGUUUACCCUUCCAGGGAGGAUGAUGUCAUCACUUCACCUUACAAUAGCGUUUUGGCAAGGAAGGGACUUAAUGAGCGCGCAGACUGGUUGCCCAUCGCCAAUCAAUCGUUGUUUGAUAUCAUUAGCAAAAUAGACCUCGUGGUGAGUUCUGGAAAGUUGGGUCCAACUGUGAAGCCAAACAGACUGGUUACUUAGAGCGUUAGGGCUCUUAAGAAACCGCAUAAGAAGCCCUUUGGUGCGAUGAACAACACUGUGGCAAAGCUGCUGCUCCACCUAACGAGGUAAGCCAGUUUAAGAACAGUUGAAAAACUCCUAUGCUUUUGACAGUGUUUGAAAUUUCUGAAGUC